UGAUCUGUAGCAUUCCUGUUUGGCUGUGAUUUUAAUGGCGUAAAUAUCACGUUUCAUCGUUUAUAUUGUUUACAUUUCGCACGCGGGUUGAACGAGAAGUUGUUUCAGUUGGAAGUUCGGAGACCAUUUAAAGACUUUGAUUUUUCUUGAGCAUAUUGAUAUAUAUAUUUGUGCGAGCCAUGUCAGUUUUCAACCUGAAGGAUAAUAAUUGCUUAAAAUGUACGAGAGACUAUGAUUAAAUUGUCAUAGGGUGUUAUUUUCUCAGUGCUCAUUUAUCGUUAAUGAACAUUCUUCUCUCGGAUUUGUACAAUGAAUAAACUUGAAAUUGAAAGGAUAAAAGUAUUAGUAUGUACUGUGCUGAAAUAUCUUCUACGUGAUAUUGAGCCUUCUUAACGAACCGAUAAGUAUACGUGUAGGCUUAAUUGACAGACAUGAAACCACACAUUUACAUUGAAAUAUUUCCUGACAAAGUUACUUUCCUAUAGAUCAAAUUAUUGACAGAAAAUCUUUAUAAACGUGGGCGCUGAACCUGAAAUCAUGUGCACUGAACAUGAAAACAUGGAAACUGGGAUUAGUGAAGUAACCGAUGAAGAGUUAUAUGAAAUUAAGAAAGAUAAAGAGAUUGGUAUCGGAAAUGGUGAAAAUAAUCCAAGUAAUGAAGGCGCAGGAUGUACUGAUGAACCGGGUGAAUCCAAACCUAACUUAGCCUGUGCUACGCAAAUCGAGGAGAGAUCUGUUGUUAUGAAUAACAACUUUAUUCUACCUAUGGAAUCUGUAGAAACAAGAGAAAGUAUGGAGGACGAAAGCAGAUCAAAGAAACAGAAAAGCGAAAAGAAAGAUGGCCGCUUUUACAAAUUUGUGAAGAGACAUUUCCUGCAAAGAAAGAACAGCUCUAACGAUGUCAAAGAAAUCCGAAUAGUUCCGGAUGGCGAUGAAUUUAAAUGGGCGCGCAGAUCCGCCGGAAGUGCUGCAUCACGAUCAAGUAAUGAGACUACUAGUAGCGAUGGCGAUAGACUGGAAGUAGUCCAUGACAUGGCGGAAGAAUAUAUACCGGAAGUGUGACUCUUGUAGUAACUACAGUAACAUUUUGGUGCUAAAAUCAAAAAUUGCCAUGGAGAGAUUCUCAUGACGUCAUAUCCGUCCUGCCUGCCAGCUUGCGCCAUGACAUAUCACACUGCCAUUCACCAGAUCUGACCAGUCAGACGCUUGAAUAGCCACGGAAUUCGGCUUUUGCUUAAGUCAUGGAACUUCUCCAAGUUUAAUGUCAUUCGAAAAAGAAAAAAAAAGAAA